AUGACAUCCACCACAACUCCAUCACAGCCAGUUCCUUCUAUGGAACCUGACGGAACCAUCGAGAAUGAUUGGACAGAAGUGGUCGAACAAUUUGAUCAGAUGAACUUACGUAAACCACUUAUACUUGGUAUUAAUGGUUAUGGUUUCGACCGGCCUUCAGCUGUUCAACAACGUGCCAUUAAACCGUGUAUUUUAGGUCAUGAUAUGAUUGUUCAAGCAGCACCGGGUACAGGCAAAACAGCUACAUAUGCUAUUUCUAUUUUGCAACGACUUGACAUAGAAUUUAAAGAUUGUCAAGCACUUAUUUUGACAUUUUCUCGGGAAUUGGCCCAACAAAUUCAGAAGGUAGUACUGGCCCUUGGCGAUUAUAUGGGUGUUACAUGUCACGCUUGUAUUGGUGGUACAAGUGUUCGUGAUGACAUAAAACGACUGGAAGCAGGUGUUCAAAUUGUUGUUGGUACUCCUGGUCGUGUUUAUGAUAUGCUUAAUCGAUCGGCUCUUCGAAGUAACAGUAUCAAAAUGUUUGUAUUGGAUGACGCCGAUGAACUGUUAUCACGUGAUUCUAAAGAACAAACCUAUGAUGUAUUCACAACAAUGCCACAAAAUAUUCAGGUCAUCCUUUUAUCAGCUGCUAUGCCUAGUGAUGUACUUGAAGUAACAACUAAAUUUAUGAAUAAUCCGAUUAAAAUUCUUUUAAAACAAGAAGGGUCCAUUCUCGAAGGUGUUCGUCAAUUCUAUGUUACCGUCGAACGUGAGGAAUGGAAAUUGGACUCGCUUUGUGAUUUAUAUGAAACUUUAACAAUAACGCAAGCUAUUAUUUUUUGUAAUACACGUCGAAAAGUCGAUUGGUUAACAGAAAAAAUGCGUGGACGUGAUUUUACUGUAUCUGCCAUGCAUGGUGAUAUGGAUCAAAAAGAGCGUGAUGCAGUCAUGAAAGAAUUUCGUACCGGUUCUAGUCGAGUAUUACUUACAACUGAUUUACUUGCACGUGGUAUUGAUGUUCAACAAGUUAGUCUUGUUAUUAAUUAUGAUUUACCAAAUAAUCGAGAGAAUUAUAUUCAUCGAAUUAGUCGUGGAAGUCGAUUCGGCCGAAAGGGUGUAGCAAUCAGUUUCGUUACAGAUGAUGAUCGACGAACAUUACGUGAUAUUGAACAAUUCUACGGUACACAUAUACCAGAAAUGCAAAUGAACGUUGCCGAUCUAAUUUAA